GGCGGCUACCGCCGCAACUAUACUCUCAGGCUCAGGUUAGGUUAUGUUGGCAGUUGGCGCUCGUGCGCGGUCUGUUGCGUGUUCGCGCUGUGUUGCAGUGUACGUCGCAUAUACUUGUAUAGCUAUAUGUACUAACAUUCUACUAUCGCAUGCAGUUGGCGCACCGCGCAGGUAGUGCACAUUUUCUCGCGUCGCGCGCAACAAUCGCUGUUCGUCGUUAUAAGUACUUGCUGUGAUCGGUCUCUUCAUGCGCAUGUGUGGUGCGAUGUGUCCUCGUCAACUAUCAAGCUGCAUUAGAGAAUAGAGAGAGGGCCGAAACUUGAAUUGGCGUUCUCCACUUCGAGCGGUCGCAUUCAUAAUUUUUCGCUACAUCGCUACAUGUGACAAUGUGACACAUCAACUUACAUAGUAUGUACAUGACCACAUACUAUAAAAAACCCAAAGUUGCAGCGCGGGACGUUGAGGAAGAACGAGAGGUUAAGUCGUGGAUCGUCAGGAUAUUAUGUCGACCUAACCUUAACUUGAGGCAUCGUUGUAUCAGCGUCGUUAUAUAUAUAUAGGUACCUACCUAUAGACAUAUGUCAGCUGCUCGGCAGCGCCGGCGGUAAAUUCAAAUCCACACGUAAGCUUUAUCGAAUCGGCGAGGAUGGAGACGCACAAGUUUCUCGGUGAGUUUAUCGACCUGUACAAAAGCUACCCCUGCCUCUGGAAGUACAGUUGCAAGGACUACCGGAACAAAACGGUCAAGGACAGCGCAUACGCGGCUCUGCUCGACAAAUUGCGAGAGAUAGAUCCUCGCGCGGACAAGAACAGCGUGAUGCGCAAGAUCAAUGCCCUGAGGACUUCCUUCCGCAGGGAGCACAAGAAGGUGCGCAGGGUUCAGUUGCAGACCAAGAAGAAGUACGUGCCCUCCUUGUGGUACUACGAGCUGUUAAAGUUCGUCGUGGAAAAGCAGGAUUUUACCGAGCCACCGCCAGGCUUGGCUAUUCUGAAUUGGUCUGCUGAGCAGAAUGCGACGAGUGCCUCCGUUGACGCUCACUCGGACGAUCUGAAAUCCGACUCGGCUAUGGACUUUUUCGAGGAUACGGAGAGCAUAGAUCUCGAGUCGAAUAUCCAGAUCAAGCUCGAGCCGUCGACAUCCUCGGCGAGCUCGCCCACUCUAUUGUUGACCGACGAAAUCCCCGAGCAGGAAGUCGACACGAUCGUGCGAGAGGAGGCAGCAGCGGCAACAAGAACGGUAACCGAUCGCGCACGCAGCCCGCUCAGGCAAGAGUCCUCGAGCGCGCUCAGCGCCACCGGCGAGCGGGCUGCGGACCUUGACCGAUUUGGCUCCUACGUAGCUUCCAAGCUCAAACGCUCCAGCAGGAAACAGAGCAUAAUCGCCGAGAAGGUUAUUGCUGAAGUGCUCAUGAGGGCGAAUCUAGGAACUCUAGACGAAACGACCGCUCUCACGGACACUAACCUGCCACCUGCGCCCAGCUCCUGUUUGCCCUGAAAAAUCAGCCCCGGCUUAUUCCUUUUUUCCUGAUCUCAUCUACUUUCUCCGCGCCUCUGUCUAUAUAAUUUAUACAGUUUAUUAUUUCGCUGACAAAUCGAUUCAUAGAUGCUGAUGUUUUCGUGCGUUUUUUUACCACAUUACGUUACAGUACAUUACUUCAUUAUUACUUGAUAAGUAUAGCUACUAUAUAUGUGCAUCGUGCCUUAUUUCAUAGACGCCUCGGAAAUUUCUGACAAUAAUCCAGCGACUGUGUAUACAUAUAUCAUAAUGCUAUUGUCAUAAGACAGCGUAGGUUGCUCAUACUGCUGGAAUACUUUGAUACCUGUUACAAUAAAAGAAUUAAAAAACCAA